AUGGGAAAAGACAACUUCAUCCGACAAAUCGAAAACUCCGUCGAGUUCAAAUCCCUUGACAAAGUAGUCAAGGAAGAACUCACCGCGCAAGAUGCAGUCCAAACCAUCAUCGACAUGACCAUGAGCGCAUUGUCCACCCAUGGUCCAAAUAAACAAGGCGGAAUUGGUCUCCCAGACUACAACGUCUCUCUUGCGGUCAUGGAGCUCGCUCAACGCCUGGAGCCAUCCAAGCACACCAGGCUUGUCGAAUUCAUAUCCCAUCUGCAGAAGCAAACCGCCGUUGAUCCAUCGACAAACGAACCACUCAAGGUCCAGGGCGAUAUCCUCUGGACAGACAUGCCUUCAUUCGGCUACACAGAGCUUGAGACUUGGUACGAGUUUGGCGGCGAUCACAAAGACCCAUGUGAUACAACACUAGAUGCUACGCAGCGAGUUCGCUGGGUGAAUCUAAACGCUUUCCUCGCACAGCUCACACAGGCUGCAGACAUUCACUAUCCAACUCCCACAGAGGAAGUGCGAUUCUUUCCCCUGGACAAAUCGCUACGGGCCAUCUGGACCAUGGGUAUGGCACUUGAGAAUGAGCGCCCUCCUGCAUCGCUGGGGGAUACGGCUGCGACGGAGGCUGCUUGCCAGUGGUUCAUCUACGCUGCGGAACGGCUGUGGACAAAUGUGCUUAAUAGUCGCACGUAUCCUGAGGCGUCUGGCGCUGGACCGGGGAAGAGGUUUGACAAGAAGGGCUGGACAGGCUAUACGCGGGAGCGAUGGGGGAUUUGGGAGGAUGCGCUGAUGGAGGCUAGGGCUAAUUGCCAUGAAGAGAGGAUGAAGAAGCUGAUUGAUGACGCUUUGGCGAAUCUGAGAAGGGCGGUGAAUGAAUAG